CGGAUCUUGUAAACCUUACCCCCUCUACUUGGCACGCGGCUUAAAACUGCGAAUUCGUGUCUGUGAGUAGGUGGGUAAUAAUAGAUCAUGGGGGAGUGGGUGAAGAUGUUUUAACCCUUUAACCCAUGCGGCUUUAUCGCCCACGCAAGUGCGAUAGCAUUUCCCGGAAUAUGAAGCAGCUAAAAGCAAACAAUCGAUCAAUCAGAAGCCUUGGUACUGUAUCUACAACCUCUUCCUAAGAGCUGAAGAGACUCGCCCGACAUCACAGGUGAUCACAAAAUGCCUGAAGACGCAGACAAACCGCGCGCAGCAUUUCGCCCCAAGUGGAAAGUUCUAACCGUAUGCCACAUCGUAUUCUCGAUCGUACUAGCCGCGCUUGUGAUACAUAAUCAUGUCAAGAACGAAUCCAGAUUCAAGGAGCUCGGGGAAAAGCUAGAGCGGUGCGAAGCUAUCAGGGAUUCUGCCUCAAAAAUGACCGCGUCUAACCCAACGCCUACGCCAAGGGCAGCCGAGGGUCUCCAAUUAAUGUUAAGAAGAAGUCCACAAGAGAACGAAACGAUAAGGAUUAGAGCUACCACCAAAACAACAACCAGAGCGAACUUUAUUAAGGCUCGGGAGAAUACAACAGACGCAAGUUUUGAGGGUUUUAUUCCCGUAACUGGUCCUAGAGAUCAAGGAAAGGAAAACUCAAGUAAUGAUUCGGACUUGCAAAAUAAUAUAACAUCGAACGAGAGUUCCCCUGAGCUACAUGCUAAGGGAUCAGAGAGGAAUUUGUCACGAGGUUGGUACAAAGGAAGUGAGGUUGAUCCAAGGUCGUGUUUAGAGCUGCUCAAGUCCGUCCUGAUGAACGAGAGCCAAAGAAUCUGCAACGACCUACGAGGACCGCAAGGUCCACCGGGAAAGCGAGGGCCGCAAGGGCUAGUUGGACCUCAAGGGGAACAAGGAGAGCGAGGAAAACCUGGGCCGCGGGGUCCACCGGGAAGACGUGGCCCGCGAGGGCUCACGGGAUCACCUGGAGAGCGAGGUCUCUCCCAUGAUGGGGGCAAACAAGAUAGGGGAUGCUCUGGGACCAUGCUUGCGCCUCCACUUUUCCUAGAAACUCAACUCAUUUACAUAUCACGUGAGGGCGUCUCGCCGGAAAUGACGUGCAAUACCACAGCUAAUCCUUCAGCGGAUAUCACGUGGUAUCGCGAUGACGUCAUGCUGACUGGCAAGCGGUAUCAGAUAUCACAAAGUGUCACAGAGUCUCAAAUCCCCCGCAGGAUUCAGAUGCUAUGCCCGAGCAAGGUUCCUCAUCCUAUAACGCAAAGCAUUCUGGUUAUAAUGGAGGCGCGUGGAUCGGAUACAGGGACUUACACCUGUAGGGCACGUAAUAUGAUGGGAGCUCGGGACCGCCAUGUUGUCCUGACAGUGCAAGUCCCUGUAGCAAUAUUAAUUCCACACAAAAACCAAACGGUGCUGGAAGGAAAUAACGUUACCUUAAGCUGUAAUGCAUCCGGAAUACCAGCCCCAGUCAUCACGUGGUAUAGAAAAAACGGUAGCUACAUGCCUGUCAAUCACCGCGUUGUCAAUGGAGUCCUUAUCGUCUUUAACAUCACCAAGGCUCACGAAGGGACUUACGUGUGCAAAGCGAAGAAUGUGUUAGGAGCGAAGACCACAGAGGCGACGCUGUUAGUUAACAUCAUACCUCGUUUGACGUCAUUCCUUGGAAUGCCGCUGACCAUAGUUGAGAACACCACCGCCGUCGUGCCUUGUGCCACCACAGGGUUUCCAACUCCGGUAAUCUCUUGGACAAAGAUUGGAAACUCUAUGGAUGUUUCUCGCUCGUCUUACGACUCCCGAGCGUUGACCAUCGAGGAUGUUCAAUACUCCGACAGUGGGACUUAUGUCUGCUCUGCUACAAACAUAGCGGGACGAGUGAAUGGAACCGUAACCAUCAUAGUUCAAGUUGCCCCACGGAUCAAAGAUCAACCCAAAGCCAUCGAGUUUGGCUAUCAUCCUGCCGCGAAAAAGCUGCAGCUUCGUGUAUUUGGCUUCCCUCCUCCUAACGUCACGUGGUCAGGCCCGGCGCUUAGCCAUUCAAAACCACGAGUUAACCAAUCAGAUGGCUCGUUGGUGAUCAUGCGUACUGAGUUCAGAGACUCCGGCGAAUAUAAAGCUAUAGUGAGAAAUGCAGUUGGAGAAGUUGUGGUGCGGACAUUUUUGGUGGUCUCUCAAGGAGUUAAACCAAUGUUCUACGCCACACCGGAUCGUCCCUGGUUGGCUAUUGAAAGAUCUAAGACCCUCCCCCUAACAUGUGGUGCUAUGGGCGUGCCUAGUCCAAUAGUGGAAUGGUAUCACAACGGUUCGCUUAUCAAGAGUGGAGUAGGAGGGACAAAAAACAACAAGACAAUCACAUUGAGCUGGGGAAGCCUUGAGGGGAACUACUUGUGCAGGGCGCGUAAUAUUUUUGGGGUCGUAAGCAAGUCUAUAUUCAUCGAACAAUCACGCGGUUUAGAGACAUCGAUAAUCCUAAGCAAUAGAAACCACUUGAUAGCCUUGAGAGAGUUUUUGAGGCCAGUGCUUACAAGUCAGGGGAGCAGUCGCUGGUCACGGUGUUGGUGGGCUAGCAAUAAUGGCUGGUCAAACUUCCACGGAAAUUGUAACAACAAAGGCCCGACUGUGACGAUAGUUCGAGUGGGGACGUAUGUGUUUGGAGGAUACACAGAUGUCAGCUGGGAAAACAGUUGGAGCUUUUCAGCCUACAGAAGUUCAAGAAAGUCCUUCCUGUUCAGUUUGUAUAGCACCCGAGGUUUCCACCCCCUCAAGCUGCCAGUUAUGGAUUACAGUUACGCUGUUUAUGAUAACGUAGGAUAUGGUCCCACAUUCGGUGGGACAUCAGGACAUGAUCUGUACAUUACUAAUAGUCGCUCAGGGUCUACCAGUGUCGGUUCGUACAAGCCUCCCCCUGGAUGCCGUAAAGGAAAUAGAUGCUCGUAUUUUGCUGGAGCUAGUUCGUUUACACCUGAUGAAGUGGAAGUUUUCUAUGAGCAUUAACUAUUAUAUAGCGUGUAAUAAGUUAGACUAGUGAGGGAAAUCCUUAUUGCUGGUAUGGAGCUAGUUCGUUUACACCUGAUGAAGUGGAAGUUUUCUAGAGCAUUAACUAUUAACGAAGAGUGUUAAGUGAAACGUAGUGAGAAAUUCUGAUUAAAGAUUUUAGCACAU